ACAAUUGUGCACAGGAAAUUUCCAUGAAUCAAAUCCAUGAUUUUGUGUCCAUUCUAGAAAAGGGAGAAAAGACCUCCUUUGCGGAAGAUUGUGCUGUGUCGACCCUAAAAAGAAAGGCCAGCAAUGACGGCGCCCAAACCCCAAAGAGGCGCCGUGACAUGAUGCCAAGCACCAGUGAACAGAAAGAGCUCGCAUGGCACAGCCUUCACAUGUCCGUCGAUGGCGCGUCGAGGAGUGGCACCGGGACAAAGUUGAACCCUGAAGGAGAGGUCGAACAACCCGAUGCGUCCGCGAUGGGUAGACCGGCCAAGGUGAGCACCAGAAAGUCCAACACGAGAUCGGUGACUCUCAAGAACAAGUCUGAGAGCUCCAAGAAGGCCAACGCGAAAAAGAAAAUGCAAAACAUUGAAGCAGAUUCCAGUCAGAAGAAUCAGAGCAGCAAACCAUCUGAAGGAAGCUUGAAGAGCAGAGCAAAGUCCGCCAAAGAAACGGACACACUCACAAUGAAGCAGAAAGGAAAACCAAUCCAGGCCGGGCUGACUAAAGGGAGCAGGAGAACCAGGUUCAGCAGAAAAACUGAGACUCCCACAAAGAAAGCGAGGGCCAAACCAACUAGAGAGUCGUUAAAACCGGCACCGUCCAAAGGGAACGGGAGAAAGUCAAACAUAAAACCACAGAAGAAGAAGGAUAAAUAUGCCGAGGGUUCCGAGAAGGCUGUGCCACGAAGGACAAAGAGGAAAUCGGAACCGAAAGCCUUCGGAAAAAAGCCAAGGAAACCGAGUGAAGGCCAAGUGAGAAGUACCUCGCCCAAAGCCACCAAGAGAAAGCCCAGCACAAAACCCAAGAAAACCGAAGAAGGCGCGCUGGUUAAAAGGACAAAAAAAAGAUCGGGUCAACCGAGACACACCUUGGCAAAAAAGUCGAGGCAUAAACCAACCGCGAAAAACACACCAGCCGUGGAAACCGAUGGAAAGUCCGACUCUGUGCUAGCGAGCCUAUCCAAGCAGGUGAGUAAAAUCCCCAGUCAACUGUCUGUGGUCUUUUUCGGAGAGCCCAAGAAGGAGGCCAGUCCGGAGCCCGUGACCUCCAUGGAGAGCAGCAGCGACGUGCCACCGGGCUCCACCGCCUCCCAACAGUCUACGACCAAUCGAGGUAACCUCCCAUUUGCAUUUUGCCGAUCCACGUUCAAAGCGAAGCUACGUCAGCGCUCGUGCCUCAUCUCGGCAGCCUCGUUUGCACGCAAAUAUCAGCAAGUCAACAAACUCGGCGAAGGAGGCUUCGGAUCCGUUUAUGCUGGUUACAGGAAAAGCGACUGCUUGCCGGUGGCGAUCAAAUACAUCCCCAAAGAGGUCAAACGGGUCCCGUUGAACAUCAACGGGUUGAAGAAGGACAUCCCCAUCGAAGCGUUGCUCAUGCUGCAAGCAUCAAUCAAGAAGAACUCAGACGGGACGUCUGCCGUCGUGUCGCUGUUGAACAAAUACGAUCUGGAGCACCAGAUUGUCCUGGUCAUGGAGAGGCCCGUCCCGUCCGUAGACCUAUUCACUUACAUCACCAGAUGUCGGAUCGCCGCUCUGCCCGAGUGCGAGGCAAAGGUACGCAAGAGACACGCGAUGCGGUUGCCGUCACGACUCCAUGUUUGUGUCCGCCGGACAGAACAUCAUGAAGCAGCUGGUGGCGGCGGCCAUCGACAUGCACGCGGUGGACGUGUUCCAUCGAGACCUGAAGCAAGAAAAUAUCCUUCUGGAGGCCACGUCCGGCGUCCCUCGCGUGCGAAUCAUCGAUUUCGGCUGCAGCUGCUUCGCCAGCAACGAGCCUUACCGGGACUACAACGGUAUGACGCCCCACUCUUGCGUCUCCUUGGCUUCAGACGUUCAUCUGGGUUCCUCGCAGGCACCUUGUGCUACGCUCCUCCGGAGUACGUUCUGAGACGGACGUACAGCGCCGGUCCUACCACCGUGUGGCAUCUGGGCGCGCUUCUCUUUGAGCUGAUGGCCGGAACCAAGCGAUUUGACACCGUCAUGUUCCUUUCCCAGAUGCUGAGGCUAAAUCGGGUUCUGUCUGAAGGUAGGAUCCCACCAUUCUCGUUUCUUCCUCGCAAACAACCGUCGCUUGAAUUUUGGUGGCUCUUUGAGCAGAAUGUGAAGAUUUCUUGUGGAAAUGCUUGAAUUUGGAUCCGGAGAAGCGGGCCACCCUGGAGCAGAUGCAGCAGCACCCGUGGCUCAUAUGAGAGCGACACCCGCUCCCGUUUACAUGACCCGGUUGGGUCAUUCGGCAGGGGAAAAAGUUGAACCGAUGGAAAAGGUGCAGAAUAAAAGUAGAAAGCGCCAGCUGGCUCUGCCAAUCCUGAAGAAAUCCAGUUUAAUCGCUUUGCUCGCAGGUUUGCUCACAACUGGAGCCACGAGGAAGCGUAGUAAAAAAAAGUGUUUUGAUGGUGAGAGCCUCUCGUGACAAAGCUUCUUGUAAGCGACACUUCAGGCCUGUAGUUACACAAAGAUGUCUUCUUAAUUUGGGCCUCAUUUGGGCUUUGAUGGCAGCUACAAAAUGUGACCAAAAUAAAAUUAUUUUUGAAAAUUAUAUUUU